AUGGCUGCCGAUAUUGCGACACCCCUGACUGCGAUCCCAACCGUGGAGCCAGCCACGAUUCUUGAUGAAGUUGAGCUGCCCGAUUUCGAUCCAGCAAUCCACCUAGCAUUCCAACCACCUGCUCAACGCCAUACUUUUGGAGAAGUAGGGCUCCCAAAACCUCACAACGCGCCGGAUCUGUGCUACACAGACCCAUUUCCUCUGUUUUCCGAAGAGGGAGUGCGUAUUCUGCGGCGUGAGAUGCUCAGUAAGCAAAUGCUGGACAACUACCUCAGGUCAUGGGACCGUGCCCCUGCUUACAUCGCCGGUCAUGAAAAGACGGCAAAAUUCAUGCUGCAAGCAUGGCAACAUCCCGCCACCCAAGCUGCCAUAGAUCGAGCUGCUGGAUUUCCGCUGCGUCGGCUCUAUAAAACGGGCGACAUUGGUAUGGUCAACAUUCAACUUGGUCCGGAUGGGUUGGCGGGGGUUUAUAACCUCACAGAAACGCCUCUACCACCAAAAUCGCCUCUGGAACUGGAGAAGUCUGCGUACGACAACGUUCCAAUUGACUCCUGGCACAAAGACCAGGUUCCCGUCGUAUGUGUAGUCAUGUUAAGCGACACGAGUGCCAUGCAAGGAGGAGAGACGGCGAUCAAAACGGGAGAUGGCUCCAUUGUUAAAGUCAAAAGUCCAACGAUGGGUGGAGCGGUCAUCAUGCAAGGCGGAUGCACUGAGCAUGCUGCACUCCGAGCGACCAAUGUACCGGAGCGUAUAAGCAUGGUGACCAGCUACACGUACGCAGAUCCCAAUCUGGAUGACCGGUACUCUUCGCUUCGCAGUGUCGACCCGGCAAACGAUGAUAUCCCCCUGAUGUGCAAUCUGUUCCUAAAGGAGAAGCUCACCCGUCUUCGAGGUCGCAUUGAUCUGGUUCUGGCGGGGCUGGCCGAGAAGGAAAACACGGGAGAGAUGAUCGAGCGGGAAGAGGUUGAACGAUGGGUCAAAGAGCAGACUGAGUUUCUGCGGCGAAGUGCAUGGGAGAUGUUUGAGAGAAUUCCGAACUUCUUGCACAAGGAUGCGCCAGAAGAAGCCAUUCGGGAAUACCUCAAGUAG